AUGGGCCAAUUCGACUGGUUUCUCAAAAUCGGCGCCACCCCGCAAGCUGUCGCCGUGCUCAACGACCAGCCCAUCCUCUUCACCAUUCUCAUCGUCGUGCUCAUCGCCGUCAUCCUCGAAUGCGUGCUGAUGUGGUACAUCCACUAUGCCACGAUGAAGCCGGAGCAGCGGGCGGCUAAGAAUAAGAAAAAGAAAGCGGGCACGGGAGAUAAUAAAAACGCUGCGCCGGGUGGGGGGAGGAUAUGUGGGAAUGGAAGCUGCGGGCUGAGCAAGGAGUAUGCGGACGGGAAGAGAGCAGCGGAGGUCAAAUUCGACAAUGAUGGGCGAUGAGGGAAAGAGCGGGAAGCUAUCGAUGGACGAAGGGACUAUUUCUGGGGAAUUGCGACCGCGAUCUCGACGGAUGGACAAACACAUGCUCUUUUCCAACGCGAGAGACGCACUAUGCCGGUCGUAUCCGAGCCUCAUAGUUAUCUGGGAUGCGAGCAACGCACAGGAGAGGGUGCCCCACAAAUGGAUAUGCUUCUUGGUCUCCUGGUGGGGGAAAACGCCAGGGAAGAAAGCGACGUCACUUUUUGAUGCUCGCAAAUAUCU